AUGUUGUUCUCGUUAAGGACGUCUCUCUCCGUGCUUUGCGCCGUCCUCGCGACGGAGCAAGCAACGGCGGCAGAGCUCAGUGGUCAUGCAAAGUACCUGUUUGACGAGUCAAUGAACUUUUUGGACAACAUCUAUGAUCCCACGGCAGGCUACCUGAACUAUUUCUACUACCCGCUCGCCGCCAACAGGCACGAGACACGAUCUUCCAUCUGGUAUGCGGCCGGUCUCCUCCAGCGGAAUGAGGGCACCGAUGCAGACGAGGCAAUCAAGAUUAUCACUAACAUAAUCGGAGGCCAAAACAAAAAUGUUAGCGCACAAUGGUAUGGCGAUUAUACAAAGUAUCCAGAGGAACCCACUGUGGGAAGUCCGGCCUAUGAGCCUGUAAUUUAUAAUUCUUGGGAUCCAAACUGGCGAGGCUUUAUUGGCACUACGUUGAUCGUCAUCUACGAGGAGUUUAGUAACAUACUGCCCGACGAUGUUCAAGAUUUGAUCCUCGAAAGCAUGUAUAACAACACUGUAGGCGACAGCUAUCGUGUGGGCGGCGUGGACGGAGACAAUUUGUACCCAUCGUAUAGUAACCCGUCCUUGAUGCGCGCCGUUGCUUCGGGCUGGACUGGUCGCAAGUUCAACGACGCCAACAUGACGGCGGCCGGAGAAAUGUACGCAAAUGAGAUACUCGAUCUGUUCAACCCAAACAAUACCCUUUCCGAGUUCAACAGCCCAACGUAUGCCGGCGUGUCCAUUUACGCCCUGACGCUCUGGGCAAAAUACCUACCAGACGACUCAGUCAUGGGCCAAAACGGCAAACGUCUUCUCCAGGAAAUCUGGGCGACAGAGGCGGCGCUCUACAAUGCCAACAUGAGGAACCUGGCUGGGCCGUGGGACCGUGCCUACGGCUAUGACAUGAAGAAUUACGUCGCCAUUGUAUCUCUACAGAUCGACACCCUGGUCGGAAGGGCGCAGAGUCCGCUGAGCUCCCGGCCGUGGGCCAUGGCGCAUGCCGACGACUACGAGUAUGCCCCUCUGAUCGCCUUGCUCGCGCCCUACCACAACUCCCUCCUGCCAAACGAGACCGUGAGCAGCUUUGUCACGUUCCCAGGCGAGCACACGUACACCACGGCGGCCUUUUCGCCACCCACAGACACGUAUCCCCGCAACUACACCACCUGGCUGUCGGCCAACCUGACCAUUGGCGGGCAAUCCUUUGACGAGGACGCCGUCGGCGGCCCGCGCUACGACUCGUCCCAGUGGACGCCGGCCGCCGUGCAGUGGCUCCGCAGCGACGGCUCCGUCGGCUUCUUCACCUGGUACGCGACCGAGGCGGCGUUUACGGCGUCGGUGGCGCCCAAUGCGCUGAACCUGACGUGGCCGCACGGCAACGCGUCCAGCGCCUUUAGCUUCCUGGUCCAGUCCAACCCCCUCGGUGGCAAGCGGGAUAUCACGGGGCUCGAGGAUAUCCAGGAUCUCAGUAUUACGGCCGUGUCGGGUACCGUGGACCUGGAGCCUACUAUUAGCUUUUGUGGGCUCGCCGGCGGUACCUGCGACCCUAUUCAUGGCUUUGAGUUUUGGAACUUUACUUUUACCUUGCCAGCAAACAGCUCCGAGGUCCCAAGUCUAAACUUUGCGAUUGAGCUACUCAACUAG